AGGUCAGUGGACAACUUUUUGCCUUUGUUUGGAAUUCCUCAUCUCCUCUGUCUCACUGGUGUGCCCGGUUUUUGGGGCCGGCGAGGAGCUGCCAACAUGUCGCGCUAUGACAUGAAGGACUUCGGGGAGGCUGCACCGUUUUUACGCAAAACGGACCUGGAGCUGAUGGCGGCGCACACCGUCCCUUUUGACGGUAAGAAGCGAGCCUGGAUCCCUGAUGAAAAAGAGGCAUACAUUGAGAUUGAGAUCAAGGAGCGCAAUGGUGACAAAGUUACUGUUGAAACCAAAGAUGGGAGAACCCUGACAGUGAAGGACUCUGACCUCCAGCAGAUGAACCCUCCAAAGUAUGACAUGAUCGAAGACAUGGCCAUGCUGACACACCUCAAUGAGGCGUCUGUGCUGUUCAACCUGCGCAAACGCUACUCUGCCUGGAUGAUCUAUACCUACUCCGGGCUCUUCUGUGUGACGGUGAAUCCAUACAAAUGGCUGCCCGUCUACACAGCCCCAGUGGUUGCUGCCUACAAAGGCAAACGCCGCUCUGAGGCACCGCCACACAUCUACUCAAUCGCAGACAGUGCAUAUAAUGACAUGCUGCGCAAUCGGGAGAACCAGUCCAUGCUCAUCACCGGAGAAUCCGGUGCUGGCAAAACUGUCAACACGAAACGUGUCAUUCAGUAUUUUGCCAUUGUGGCAGCUCUUGGGGAAACAACUGCCAAAAAAGGACAAGGUCCUGCCACCAAAACAGGGGGGACUCUGGAGGAUCAGAUCAUUGAGGCAAACCCUGCCAUGGAGGCGUUUGGUAACGCCAAAACGCUAAGAAAUGACAACUCAUCCCGUUUUGGCAAGUUCAUCAGGAUCCACUUUGGACCUACAGGCAAACUAGCCUCGGCUGAUAUCGAUAUAUAUCUUCUGGAAAAAUCCAGAGUCAUAUUUCAGCAGCCCGGUGAGAGGAGCUACCACAUCUACUACCAGAUCAUGUCGCAGAAGAAACCCGAACUGUUAGACAUGCUGCUGGUGUCCUCCAACCCGUACGACUACCACUUCUGCUCCCAGGGUGUGACCACCGUGGAGAACAUGGAUGACGGACAGGAGCUGAUGGCCACUGACCACGCUAUGGACAUCCUCGGCUUCCUGGCCGACGAGAAGUAUGGCUGCUAUAAAAUAGUUGGAGCCAUCAUGCACUUCGGCAACAUGAAGUUCAAGCAAAAGCAGCGUGAGGAGCAGGCGGAGACUGAUGGCACUGAAAGUGCGGACAAGGCCUCAUACCUGAUGGGCGUCAGUUCAGCUGACCUCAUCAAGGGCCUCCUGCACCCACGGGUGAAGGUGGGAAAUGAAUAUGUUGUGAAGGGACAGAAUGUCGAACAGGUUAACUACGCCGUUGGUGCUCUGGCUAAAGCCACAUAUGACCGCAUGUUCAAAUGGCUUGUGGGACGAAUUAACCGCACCCUGUACACCUCCCUGCCUCGCCAGUACUUCAUAGGAGUCCUGGACAUCGCUGGGUUUGAAAUCUUUGAAUACAACAGCUUUGAGCAGCUGUGCAUCAACUUCACAAAUGAGAAACUGCAACAGUUUUUCAACCACCACAUGUUCAUCCUGGAGCAGGAGGAGUACAGGAGGGAGGGCAUCGAAUGGACCUUUAUUGACUUCGGGCUGGACCUCCAAGCUUGCAUUGAUCUCAUUGAAAAGCCUCUGGGCAUCAUGUCCAUCCUUGAAGAGGAGUGCAUGUUCCCAAAGGCUACAGACAGCAGCUUUAAAGCCAAGAUGUAUGAUAAUCACAUUGGCAAGUCACCUAAUUUCCAAAAACCACGGCCAGACAAGAAGCGCAAGUACGAGGCGCAUUUUGAGCUGGUGCACUAUGCCGGAGUGGUACCGUACAACAUUAUUGGCUGGCUGGACAAAAAUAAAGACCCGCUGAACGAGACGGUGGUGGCGUGUUUCCGGAAGUCUUCCAACAAGCUGCUAGCUUCUCUGUAUGAGAAUUAUAUCGCCUCAGACUCAGUGCCCGAGCACAAGGCUGGUGGCAAAGAAAAGAGGAAGAAGGCAGCCUCUUUCCAGACCGUGUCUCAGCUUCACAAGGAAAACCUGAAUAAGCUGAUGACCAACCUCCGCAGCACCCAGCCUCACUUUGUUCGCUGCAUCAUCCCUAAUGAGACCAAGACUCCAGGGAUCAUGGAUGCAUUCAUGGUGCUGCACCAGCUGCGCUGUAAUGGUGUGCUGGAAGGCAUCAGGAUCUGCAGGAAAGGCUUCCCCAACCGCAUCCUCUACGCUGAAUUCAAACAGCGCUACCGCAUCCUGCACCCCCAUGCCAUCCCAGAUGAUAAAUUUAUGGACAGCAGGAAAGCUGCAGAGAAGCUGCUGGCCUCCCUGGAUAUCGACCACAACCAGUAUAGAUUUGGACACACAAAGGUAGGAAGUAGCAGAUUGUGUAAAACAGAGCUAGAGGAUAGCAGCAGGAUUAGUGCCAAAAUAACAGCCAUAGACUAUCUGUCCAGACAAAAAAUCCUCACUCUUCCAAUCCCUUUCUUUUUUUCCAGGGAGGCUCUGAUGAUCAUCCAGUGGAACAUCAGGGCCUUCAACACCGUCAAGCACUGGCCCUGGAUGAAGCUCUUCUUCAAGAUCAAGCCUCUACUGAAAAGUGCUGCUACCGAGAAAGAGCUGGCCGCUCUGAAGGAUGAGAUGGCCAAGCUGAAGGAGGCUCUGGAGAAAUCUGAGGCCAAGCGCAAAGAGCUGGAGGAGAGGCAGGUCAGCCUAGUCCAAGAGAAGAAUGAUCUCUCUCUCCAGCUGCAGGCAGAGCAAGACAAUCUUGCAGAUGCAGAGGACCGCUGUGAUCUGCUCAUCAAAACAAAGAUCCAGCUGGAGGCCAAAGUGAAAGAAAUCAUGGAGAGGCUGGAGGACGAGGAGGAGAUGAGUGCUAAUGUGCUCGCCAAGAAGCGCAAGCUAGAGGACGAGUGCGCUGAGCUGAAGAAAGACAUUGAUGAUCUUGAGAUCACUCUAGCCAAAGUGGAAAAGGAGAAACAUGCCACUGAAAACAAGGUGAAGAACCUGAUAGAGGAAAUGGCAGUUCUGGAUGAAACCAUCCUGAAGUUGACCAAAGAGAAGAAAGCUCUUCAGGAGGCUCACCAGCAGACUCUGGAUGACUUGCAGGCAGAGGAAGACAAAGUCAACGCUCUGACCAAAGCCAAGGCAAAGCUGGAGCAACAAGUAGAUGAUCUGGAGGGAUCACUGGAACAGGAGAAGAAACUUCGUAUGGACCUGGAACGCGUCAAACGUAAACUGGAGGGAGACCUGAAAAUGUCCUUGGAGUCGGUUAUGGACUUGGAGAAUGACAAGCAGCAACUUGAAGAGCUCCUAAAAAAGAAAGACUUUGAAAUUAAUGGGAUUGGCGCAAGGAUUGAAGAUGAGCAAGCUUUGGUCAAUCAGCUCCAGAAGAAGAUAAAAGAGCUGCAGGCCCGCACAGAGGAGCUGGAGGAGGAGCUGGAGGCCGACCGGGCCUGCAGGGCUAAAGUGGAGAAGCAGCGUGGCGAUGUUGCUCGAGAACUCGAAGAGCUGAGCGAGCGCCUGGAGGAGGCUGGCGGGGCCACCUCGGCCCAAAUCGAGAUCAACAAGAAGAGAGAGACAGACUUUCUGAAGCUGCGUCGUGACCUGGAGGAAGCCAUGCUGCACCAUGAGGCCACAACGGCAGCCUUGCGGAAGAAGCACGCUGACAGUGUCGCAGAGCUGAGCGAACAGAUCGAUAGCCUGCAACGUGUCAAGCAGAAGCUGGAGAAGGAGAGGAGUGAGGCCAAGAUGGAGGUGGAUGAUCUGGCCUCCACUGUGGAGCAGCUCUCCAAGGGAAAGGCCACUUCAGAGAAGAUGUGUCGCCUGUAUGAAGAUCAAAUGAAUGAGGCUAAAGCUAAGGUCGAGGAGCUCCAGAGGCAGCUCAACGACACCAGCACCCAAAGGGCCCGUGCUCAGUCUGAGAGUGCCGAAUUGAGCAGGAAGCUUGAAGAGCGGGAAUCGAUGGUCUCCCAGCUCCAGCGUGCCAAAAACUCCUUCAGCCAGAAUAUUGAGGAGCUCAAGAAACAGCUUGAAGAGGAGAACAAGGCUAAGAACGCCCUGGCCCAUGCGCUGCAGUCAUCUCGACACGACUGUGAUCUUCUGAGAGAGCAGUACGAUGAGGAGCAGGAGGCCAAGGCUGAGCUGCAGAGAGGUCUGUCCAAGGCCAAUGCUGAGGUGGCUCAGUGGAGAACUAAGUAUGAAACUGACGCCAUCCAGAGGACUGAGGAGCUGGAGGAGGCCAAGAAGAAGCUGGUGACACGUCUGCAGGACGCUGAAGAGACAGUGGAGGCUUCCAAUGCCAAGUGCUCCUCUCUGGAGAAGACUAAACAUCGGCUUCAGACAGAGAUCGAGGAUCUGGUCAUUGAUCUGGAGCGCGCCAAUGCUGCAGCUGCUGCCCUGGACAAGAAGCAACGCAACUUUGACAAGGUGUUGGCUGAGUGGAAACAGAAGUAUGAAGAGUGUCAGUCAGAGCUGGAGGCCUCUCAAAAAGAGUCUCGUGGCCUGAGCACAGAGCUCUUCAAGCUGAAGAACUGCUACGAGGAGACUCUCGAUCAUCUUGAGACCAUGAAGAGGGAGAACAAGAACCUCCAAGAGGAGAUCGCUGAUCUGACAGAUCAAAUCAGUCAGGGAGCGAAGACCAUCAACGAGCUGGAGAAAAUUAAGAAGGGUCUGGACAUGGAGAAAAGCGAGAUUCAAGCUGCCCUGGAGGAAGCUGAAGGCACUCUGGAGCACGAAGAAAGCAAAACUCUCCGCAUCCAGCUGGAGCUCAACCAAAUCAAGACUGACGUUGACAGAAAACUGGCGGAAAAGGAUGAGGAAAUUGACAACCUUCGCCGUAACCACCAGAGAACCCUGGAGUCUAUGCAGGCCACCCUGGAUGCCGAGGCCAAGUCUCGCAACGAGGCAGUGCGCCUGAGGAAGAAGAUGGAAGGCGACCUGAAUGAGAUGGAGGUGCAGCUGAAUCAUGCCAACAGGCAGGCUGCAGAGUCCCAGAAACUCCUGAGAAACCUGCAGGUGCAGAUCAAGGACAUCCAGUUGGAGCUGGAUGACACUCUUCACAAGAACGAGGAGCUGAAGGAGCAGGUGGCAGUGACGGAGCGCCGCAACAACCUACUGACUGCUGAGGUGGAGGAGCUAAGGGCUCUGCUGGAGCAGAACGACCGUUCACGCAAGUUAGCUGAACAUGAGCUGCUGGAGGCCACUGAGAGAGUCAACCUGUUGCACUCCCAAAACACUGGGCUCAUCAACCACAAGAAGAAGCUGGAGAACGAUCUGUCCACACUGUCAAAUGAGGUGGAUGAUGCCGUGCAGGAGUGCCGCAAUGCAGAGGAGAAGGCCAAAAAGGCCAUCACUGAUGCAGCCAUGAUGGCAGAGGAGCUGAAGAAGGAGCAGGACACAAGCGCCCAUCUGGAGAGGAUGAAGAAGAACAUGGAGCAAACCAUAAAGGAUCUGCAGAUGCGUUUGGAUGAAGCUGAGCAGAUCGCCCUCAAGGGUGGCAAGAAGCAGGUCCAGAAGCUGGAGGCCAGGGUCAAAGAACUGGAAAAUGAAAUGGAAGCUGAGCAAAAGAAGAGCCAAGAGUAUCAGAAGGGCGUGCGCAAGUAUGAGAGGAGAAUCAAAGAGCUCUCCUACCAGGCUGAGGAAGACAAGAAGAACCUGGUCCGUCUCCAGGACCUCAUCGACAAGCUGCAGGUCAAGGUGAAAAGUUACAAGAGACAGGCUGAGGAAGCGGAGGAGCAGGCAAACACCAAUCUGUCCAAGUACAGGAAGCUCCAGCAUGAGCUCGAUGAUGCUGAGGAGAGGGCAGAUACUGCUGAAUCGCAAGUCAACAAGCUCCGCAUCCGCACCCGGGAUCAGGGUAGCAAGCAUGCUGAGUAACGUGAGGCUGAACGCUGCGGACAAACAUAUCACAGCCAGCCAGCUGCAACAGCUGGGCCUGACUGUGAGGACCCACCCAAAUAAAGACUUCAAAUACAUACUUUAAAUACGACUGCUUUGUUUUUGUUUGUUUGUGUGAUAAAGAUAGGAAUCCCACAAAGAAGGUCUAAAGAAAGAUUUAUUAUAUUAUUAAUUUGACAAACAGCUGUUAAAUAAGGAAAAUUAAGUUCAUACCAGCAUUAGAGGAGGAACAUGUGAUUGAAAGUUACACAAGUCGUUAUAGUAGAAUGUGAAACUAAAACAUGAAUUUAGUUUCUUUUCGAUGGUCAAAGAAGGUUAAAGAUAUUAAGACUGAAGUGUGCCGAGGUGAAUUUUUAAACACAAUCGUGUGAAAUUUUAUGCAUUAUUUAAUGCCAACAAAUGAAAAAAAUCAUGGGCUGUUAUCUUAAAUGGAUUUAAAUUUUACACCAUGAAUAUGAUCCACUGUCAGCAUCUCUUAAAGGCUGUUCAAAGUGUAGUUGCUGUCUAUCAUGGUGAAGUGAGACAAUCAUUUGAUUAAAAAAAAGCACCACAUGGUCUAAGUCUUAAAUGUGAAUUUAAGAGUGGAUGCAAAAUAUAUCUAAUAAUAUCCUCAUCAUGCCAAACAUCACAUAAAUCUCCAGCUAAUAAAAGUCAAAAGGGAUCUAAAAUAAAAACCAAAUAGUGUUAUGUUUAACACUGUGCAGCAUGUUCUUGGCCAAUGGGAUAACAUUUCACCAUUUUCUAUACAAACUAAGGACUGAAAUCUAAGGCCUACUAGGAGCAUCACACCACAUACAGCAUUAAGUGUUGAGAACCAGUUCUCUUGUGCAUCAUACAGAGGGAUCACUCGCUCUAAAAAGAGUCACAAAGCUACAGAAGUCAGAUUGUGUAUAGAGCGCUCACAACAUUCAUGUUUUUAAACCGAUAGCCUGAUUGACUUCCGUGAUGGAUGACUGGAGUGAUGAGAGGAGAUUUGGGUCAAUGAUAACACACGCUUAGUACUAAGAAUGUGAUACCACUGCAGAAGUACCCUGUGUCAAAUCACACUAUCAUAGCUAUUAUCUCGAGCAUCCAUCCGGCAAAGAAACUGAGAAUUUCUAAGCGAGAAGCACUUGUAAAGUGUGUUAACGUCACUGCAAAGCACAAGAUGAACUAAUUCAGAGUAUGUGCAACACCCAUUGAGAAAUUUAAGACAUGCUGAAUGAAAACUAGAACAAAAACACAUUUCUGGUUAAUUAGCUUUAAAGCAAAUAAAAGGCUUUUAAAGUGUAAAGGACGUCUGUGUUUGCAUCCCAAAAGGCGGCAUAGCACUAGUAACUCAUGGCAUCAGGGGCCAACUGUAGAAAUGCCCUUAUACAUUCACAUGAACAUGUAUUAUGAGCCAUGACAUGCUGGGAGUAAAACUGUACACUUGUCAUUGGGAGUGGUUUGAUCUGUGUAAGGGUAAAAUAUGAGGUAGCUCAUCUUUUUGUACUUAUCUUGGGGUUGAGUAAUAUCAGACGAAUAUCUGUUUAGCUCCGCACCUUCAGCUGCACACUCAGGCCGUGGACACAUCAUCAGCAUCAUCUUUCUCCAGAGUAAAGAUCAAGUGGUGCCUUGCAAAAAGAGCUGUCACACAGAGAGAUUGUCAGUGUCAGCAUGGAGUCUGGGAUUUUGACAAAAACCUUCAAUCUGAUGCUGAUGAUGUUUGGCAGAAGGCUAAUUCAACUUCUACUGGAACAAUGAGAGUGGUAUCUUAAUAACACUAGCGCCUGCAUAGUUUAUUUUCUCUUCCCAAAGCAUCUCUCAUGACAUGGAUACAAAUUCUGUUACAAAAUGAAAAAUGCUUUUAAUCAACAAAUGUGUUAAAAUAUAAUAAACAAUAAAACAAUUUAAUCUGUGCAAUGUUUUAUUCUACAGUCUUAUCCAGAGCUAAAAGCUGUUGUUUUUCAACAAGUCAAAAGUAAAUCAACAAAAAAAUAAGGAAAACAAGUCCCUGGGUGAAGCUUCUGAAGCCACGAAGAGAGCAGAUGGUUUUCGGUGAGAGGAGCCCCAUGUGAUUUUUGAAACAGCCAGCCCACAAGCUACCUAAAUGUGUCGAGUAGGGCCAGAAAGCACCAAUCAACAAUCGCCACCUAAUAAAGUAGACCCACAGACGGGUUAAAUCAAAAUGCUGUCCGUUUAGAAGACCCCUGCAAAAAAUUCCCUACAGGUCAGGCAGUGGAGCGGAGUCAGCAGAGAGUAUUUAGGUAGUGGGAGAGUGAG